AUGCUCCUCCAGUACAUCCUCGAAUGCAUCUCUGGCACGCUCGCCGCCGAUCCUCCCCUUACCCCUCCUACCGACCCUCGAGGCCCCGCGUCCAUUGCCUCCGAUAUACUCAACAUAAUAUUGACAGCCGAUACACCAUACAAUCUACAUAAACAAUUCAAGGAGCGAAUGUCUACCGAGAGUUGGUCUGAAGCCAUAGCAACUGCUCUCCUUCACGGCCUCGAGAGCGCCAUCAAAACCGGAACCCAAAUGGCAAAGGCUUCGUCUCAUGCGCUUGCGCAAGCUAAAGAUGCCGCGAUUGGAUUUGCCGAAAACAAUCCCGUCUAUGCGACACUGAUCGCACUGGGAAUACUGGCUAUCCUCAUGCCAUGGGCGCUUGAGAUUUUGGGAUUUGGUGAGCUGGGGCCCAUUGAAGGAUCAUUCGCGGCCGGUUGGCAGAGCGAAUAUGCGGGAUAUAUACCCAAAGGUUCAUUAUUUAGCUAUUUCCAAAGGUUGGGGAUGAAGUGGCACUGGAGUGUUUGA